CAGUAGUGGCUAAAUUGUAAUUAAUAAAUAAAUAUGGAGUCUCAGGAAGAAGAGAAAGGCCAAGAGCUUAAGAUUGAAGAGCCAUUGCUGAAGAAUACAGGCUAUUGAGAGAUGAACAUUCCUUUCGAUAUGACAGAGACAGGAGAUGCAAUCAAGAUGGCAGAACUAGCAAAGUUUAUAUGUAAUGGGAUUAAUGAUGGAUAUACUACGUUUGUAGUCACUCAUAGUAUUGAUCAUGACCUCUCUCCCAAGGAUGAGUGUAACUUUGAUCCUAAGGACCUUAAUAUUAAAGAGAGGUAUCAGGAGUACUGACCUGAGUCUAUCCCCUUGCAUAAGGAGUUCAAUAUGGUCUCUUCUUUGGAUAAGGUUCGUAUCCUUACACGGCUAGAUGUGCGUGUUGAAAAUCAGAAAAUAGCACAUCAAUUGAUGAACUCAAUGGGAGGAGGGAGUAAUACUAAAUCAGCUAAGAUUAUCCACACUUAUGACAUCUUGAGUGCAUCCACAAGCGAUGAUAAAUGUCUUGACCUCCUCAUUCAAAAGUCUGAUGUUGACAUAAUUUCUCUAGAUUUGUGUGAGUUCCUAAAAUUUUUCUUUAACAAAAAGACUUUGAAGCAAGCUGUGAGCAAGAACAUCUUCUUUGAGAUUUCGUAUGCGAAGGCAAUCAGCGACUCUGUGAAGUACAGGAAGAACUUUAUCGGCAAAUCUAUGGACCUUGUUGAGUGUAUUAAGAGUAAGAAUAUCAUCUUUAGCUGUGGUAGUGGCAUGCAAAUUCUGCAUCGGAAUCCUCACGAUACAAUCUCUCUUGCUUCUAUGGUAGGGCUUUCUCAGGCUAAUGCAAGGAAGACCGUCACUACUAAUUGAGAAAAGUGUAUUCAGAGAGGCAACUGGAGGAAGAGCUUUAAAGGUGCUUGUAAUCUCGUCAGUGACAAGGAAAUUGAUGAUAAUAAGGAGUACCAGGAAGUACUUGCCAAGAAGGGAAAGAGCUUGCUUGACGAGGAGUUUGAUAAGGAUAUGCAAGAUUAA